AUGCCAUCAACACGUCACUCUGCCUGCUGGACACAAAGUGGAGAAUUUGAAUGGUACCACUCAAGACAGCAAGACAACAACGAGGGGGCACUACUCAAUUUUCAUGUGGAGACUGGCACAUCAGAAGUCCCUGUUGAUGCGAACAACUCAUCAUUGGCUGCUAGGAAUCCAAAUUGGCCUGUUUUGAUGUCCCAAGCCCCACUUAACGCUGCACAGAAGGCACAAGCCAAUGCACGAAGAGCAUCACAAAAAAUUUCGGCUGCACAAUGCAAGGAGACUGAAGAUGCGCUCACCGGUGCCAUCCAACAGCUACUUGCAGAACAAAAUGCCAGUAUCGAGGCCAUCACAUCCAAACAUGGUGUCACUCAAGACAAGCUUGCCAAUGCAUUGAUACAUGCAAAAGCACAAGAGGUCAAUGCAGAUCUUCCUCGUGGCACCAAGUAUUCACUUGAUGAGAUUCGAGAAAUGGUCAAGGCGGACGAGAGUAUGCAAAACCUAGUUCACGAGGAGCAGCAAGAAUAUAUCAACAAACUCACUGAACGCUGUGCCCUCCAGAACAUGAGUAUUCGCGCAACGAACACUGCAGCAGCCCGAGACGUUCAGUCAACAUUAGAUAACGUCUUCAAGAUGCUUGAUGGUCUCGCCCUUCGAACGGGAAUCUACACCUGCCUCUUCGCCUCCCGUGGACAUGUGUAUGAUACUGCACAAGCAAUGUGGUUUGGAACAGAUAAUGUCAUGGACUUCUGGGAGGAUGUCCUUCAAACAAAGGCUGACAAAAUCGCACGGAAACUGGAACAAUGGGCAUGUAUGGCAGGUCGAAACAUCGAUGAACACGAGACGGUACAGAAUAUGCAACGUGUUUGUACGCGACUCCUCAAUUCUGGGCUAAGGACUAUAGCUAAGCGGCGCAACAUCCGCAUCAACUAUACAAACUUCGAUACUGCCAUGAAGGAGAAACUUGCAAUCAAUCUCAAGGGCUGGCCUGAGGGUGUGCCGUUCCAGUCCCCCACCAGUAUAAACAACCUCAAGGCCCUAUUGAAGGUCCGUGAUGCACUGAAGGAUGGAUCGUGCCACUUGGUUUGUAUGUCCCCAUGUCAAAGGGAGGAGUAUGCUGCCCAACUCACAGCGCACCGAAAGAAAGGAGAAGUCAUUGGCAAGCUGCACAAGAAGCGUGCUGAUGCUGGUGUGCCACGCAAGUGCAAGGGAAAGGAGAAUGCACCUCUGAGGAAUCAAGCACGAGCUUCAGGGUCGUCUACACAGGCUCCAAAAAGCGUAGAAUAUAUAGACACAAGUGAUGAGGAGGACACAAGUGACGACGAGGUUUAG